AUGAGCAUUGCGACCCUUCCACUCUCUCCGGUUGGGCCCGCAGGCUACAAUCACAAUGUAUUCAUCCACCUCCAUGAGCAGGGAUGCUUAAUACAUAAUAAUAUUGGGUCAUCGUCCUGUCACGUUUCCGUGCUGGUUCCUGUCCGGCUUGUGCACGCUACAGACUUCCUUGCACUUUCAGCUAUUAAGUAUUGCUUCUUGAAGAAAAGUGCCAAUUACGCACCAGGAUACAUGCACAGUUACUUCGCCUCCACUAUGGCGUCCAUUCCCACUGUUACACACCUUAGAGGUCUUUCAGGUCUAGCUUUUUCGUACUCAUUUCUUGCAAACCAAGACAUAACCAACCACAAGCAGUUUUCAGAGACAGUCACAAAGCAGCUUCUCGUCCUUCUUUCCCACAUCUUUUACCCGGGUACCUUCGAUAUGUUUAGCAUGUAUGAUUUUCAACGUAUCUGUGACGACUAUGACAAGGCCAUUGUGCAGGCUGCCAUUGUUGACCAGAUCACCGGCCGUGCAGCUUUGGCGAGCCUGCGUGACGUCGUUAAGGUUGAUAAGAUGCUUCCAUCUAAAUUGCGCGAGAUAACGAAGCAGUACUUUAACUCCGUUCUGCGUAGUGCUCCCUUCAUCGUGUUUGUAACGACACAGUCUGAAGUUAUACCUGUCAUCCUACGUCAAGCUAUAAAGAAUUGGUGCAGCCGCCUCGACGUGCAAGGACCAUCAGGAUCGUCUAAGCGUUCUUCCUUUCUACAGGGUGAGGGUUUGAGACGAGGCUAUCAACCUGAUCAAACAUAUAUAAAGAACAAGCCUCUUAUGCUAGACGCCGAGGACGAGCGUAAGCAAAUGGCCAACACGACAGCUCAGACGCCCAUUCUUUUUGUUCAGAAAGACAGUAGUAUCUACAAGCAUGUAGUGGACAUUGUUGUUACCUCUAGGCGUUACAUACUGCUUAACGUCUUCGAUAUUACAUUAGCUCGCAUGCUUUUUCAGUGGCUUAUUGACGGCAAUAAGAUUCUCGAUGCAAUUAUUAAGUACUCGAAUUCAUCCAUUUAUCUAGUGCACGAAUUGAAAGCGCUUCCGCUUCAACUAGAGGAAUUUUUUGUAGGGAAGCAUUAUCAUCUCCAGCUAGUCAUCAAGAACGUACCAAUUCUUAUAGCAGAUAUUCUGACUACUAUUCUCAGCUCACUAGAUCUCCAGAAGGACGUAUCGAAGUACGUCUCUACCCACCUUGACUCAUUCGUUAGUUUCAUUCAGCGAAAACAAAUUGAAAGUGCACGUGCCUACAUCACGAAUCCUCAUCUAGCCUUGCUGGACGAGGCAAUACCCUACAUGCUCAGCUUCUUUUCACUGAAUGUCUUUGGGGCUGUGAAGACAGGACUGGGGCUAAUGCUUAUCGAAGACGUAUAUGGUCCUCUGAAACUCCUCAGCAAGGAGAUGGGCCUGUCCGUGACACUAUAUGACAUAUGGGGACGUGAUUUGUCUAACGAACAGAGAGAUACUAAACCUCAGCUUAUUGACUCAAAUCCGUUUCUUAACAACUACUCUUCUGCAUCCUACAUUUAUGAUGCUAAAGCUGUACUCACAGUUGCGUUUUCCACUGAGCCGGCAGUAAAGAGCCACAUCUUCAAUAAGGCCACAACAAAGCAUGUUAUCAGGCGAAGCAAUUCAGUAUCAGUGGGCCACAUGGACAACAUUUCGAGCCGCUCCAACCUACUCACAGGAUCUAGGAUUGGAGGGCACGGUGACCUCUCCAAAGAGUAUUCUGGAAAGAUGGGUGGCAAAACAACUGCGGAUCUUUCAGACAGUAAUCUGGCUUCGGCAUUUAUUCUCAAGAACCACGAGCGCUUUUGCUUCACAUUCUUUGCGGCGCUAGGGGCUAUGCAACGAGUUGCCACCAUUGUAACGCACUGUCAUGAAAGCAUCUACGACACCAUGAGCAAGUUUGUUGCCGCUUUCUUCGCCGGCUGCUGGACUGUCACUCUGAUUGGUGACAGGGUAUCGGACUUCUUUAGUUCGUUAGUUGACAGUAUCAAGAUUUCGCUGCACUCCAAUAGUAGCAAGAUGUAUAGCAACAUUUGGUUCUACUACCUCGGAGGAUCGUCGCUUAAGCUUCAGAAACUGGCUUCUGAGGAAAAACUUUGUCCGCAAAUGUUUACUAUCCAGCCUUUUGACAAGGUACCUUACGUUUCUGUACCUCUGGCCACUAUGAAUUUGAAGCUGUUUGAUUGUAGCACCGUAGCAAUAUCCCCAUGGGUGUACAAUAUCGUUCAUCCUGAAACCGAUUGCAAAUACAUCGAUAUAGCUAACAGGAUUUCUAAAUUUUGUGGCUUUACUGUCCAGGAUACUAUCUCUUCUGUAACUAUUACAGAUCAGGAGCUGCUCAGCGUGUUCUUUGGAUCACCACUUGCAUCAUUAGUUACCAAUCUUACGAAGCUCCAAGAAGCAACGGCAACAAACCUCACAACUCAUAACAUCAGCCUGGGGCUUGUGGCACGACAGCAGUCCAUCGACAAUAACAAGCUGAUUCAGCACAUCUCUCACUCUAGAGAAAUCAUCGACGACUCUGCUGUCUUUGCCUUAAAAGCAGUUCAAUCCUCUAUUAUCUGUGCGUCUAAUACGCAUUCGCAUAUAUCUCACAACGCCUCUAAGGAGCUACCAUGUACCUAUUCCUUUGAUACCGUAGAAGAUCUAUUUGACCAUCUCCACCCGAUAAGUGCCGAUAUAGUUCUCGGCUCAUCCUCCUAUCUGCCAAAGUUUUUGCACUCCAGCCUUUUCAUGAACGAUAUGGAAACAAGCUUCACACUCAAAGUACUCUUUAAUGCUUCCAAUGCCAUUUCCGCAGGGCUAUCUGCAGAGUUCCUCGCGCAUUUGCACGUCUAUCUAGAUGUUUUGAACUCAUUUAGCUCCAACAUACUGUUUGCUUUUGAAUCUCUGGAUAGCUGCAUAUCUGUCACGCUUCGUGCAAUAUCUUUGCAACACUUUCUACAACUUGUGGACACGCUCCUAGAGAUUAUCCAUCAUCGACAGCUCAGCAUACCUGACCUAGAGUUUUUAAAUCUUUCUGGAGGCUCAGUGACUGCCAGCAACCUCCUCCUUCUCACAAAUUCCAUCUUCAUGGGCCAAACAGCUAAGCUCUAUCUAGAUAUCUGUUUUGACAACUACUUCUUAAUGACACAACCGACCAGUCGGCUCAAGGACGUCGCUCACGCGUUCAACUCAAGCAAACAACACCUGGCCCAUCUUACUACCAUUGUGGCUUUGAGCAAGCUCCACAGCUUCACAAAGGGACUUCCCUCUGUGUUACCUCCGUCUCCUGCCACACUUGGUAAUCAGCUGUAUGGUAUAGCAUCCUCUCAAGGUGCUCUUCUGAACACUAUUUCCUUGACGUUUUGUAUAAAAAAGACGCUCGAUGAUAAUGCAUUGUUACAGGACUUUCUAUCACAGGACUUGCUUGGUAACACUAAUGAUCUACAUGCUUACCUAUUCAAUUUGACUACGCUAUCUCUUGAGUACGUUAUUUCUCGCUUAGAAGGAACGCAUGCUGUAUCUUGUAGCAUUGCUGAUAGUGUUCAUGUAGGCAUGUAUUCUGACUAUGCAACGAUUGACAUACUGUGCACUACUGCAUCACUAUCCAGCAUACUUUCUCUGUUCUUUGAUGAGGACGAUAGCUUCAAUCUGUCUAUUCUCAUGAAGGAGGUGCCUAACGAUGUGUCUCUUUGUUUAGCUGUUCGCACCCUGUUUGACUUCCCGAAUCUCUUUACUGCGGCAAAUGUCCAGCACCUCUCUGCUCUUCUGCUGAAUUAUUAUAAAGGAUUCUCCCCGAGAUUGGAGAUUCUUUACGGCACGCUGAAGUUGACGGCCAGCGAAAUGACUGAGGUGUGCACUCAGCACUUCACACCUCUCCCCACCACCUCCAUAAAUCUUUUCAAGCAGCCAAAUACACUAGAAUAUCUGCAUUUUAUAUCUGCUACGUACAAGAAGGUAGCGAUGGCUCAGUCAAGGUUCCGAUUGGAUGAUCUGGAGAGGUUGCAGAGCUCCAAUGAAGAGGCUAGUGUUAGAAACAAGGUCCUUUUGGAGUCGAAUGAGUUUACUCAAGCACAUCCUAUGGACACUACUACCAAAUCCGAUAUGAAGAUGAUCUCCAAACUAGAAAAACUGCGUGCUUAUCGACAGUUGCUCGAGCGGCAGCUCAAGGACAUACAUCAAAAGAACGAGGCUGUCGCGCUUGCAUGUCAUUCGGCUCACGAUUCCACCCAGAAUGUUAAUCUCUCUUCACCCCUGAAGACACAAGCCAAUACCAAUGACAUUCGUUAUGUGCCAAACUCCGAUAACGAAGGAGAUCUAGAUUCAAUGUUCAUACACAACCCGACAGAGUUCUUAGUCACUGCAUUUAACGUCCAAUUGGAGAAGAAAGGAAUAUAUACCAUUAACGGCUUUCCCAUUUGGUUCAAACAUCUCGAAAUGAACGUUUUCCCAACAAACUCUCUAACGCUUGGUCUCAAUAUAGCACAUCCUAGCCACUCCACGAUUACAAAGAAGCAUGACUUUUAUGGAAGCCUGCCCUUUUAUGUCACACACCUAGGUAAGAACAUGUCUCAACUCUACAUCCAAGAGACUGCGCUGUGGUAUGCCAUGCACCUUCAGCAGGCUCUCUCACUCAUGCAGAACAUUCCUCUGAGGCACGAGCUUCAGCUUGCAGGUAUGCACAGCAGAAUCUUAAGCACCGUUACUGGACUGCCUUAUCCUAUUGGAAUUUCGGCUGUCCAUGGAUGCAAUGUCUAUUUCCGCGACCCGCAGAGUACAGUUGCCCCUAAGAGCAUUAUAAAGGGCCAUUACUCUAAACUAUUUUCAUACACUCAAGAUGCGCACGGGCAGACAGCCGAGCCUGCUGGGCCAGUGCUAUCGCUAAGUCCUGACGCAGUGCCUCCACUUACAAACUUCCAGAUGUGUGCGGGGAUGCUGAUGGAGAAUCUUGCCGUCAUUGCAUACUACUUAGAUGUGGAUAUUUCGUUGCAUGCCGGUCGCAAAGCGCCUUCAGACCCGGCUGAAUACCUUUUCUACCUGUAUAGGGACUGUUUACUGCACAAGCACGGCCUGUCCCGAUUGUCCUAA